AUGGUUCUCGAGGCGGUCAUGGUUGUCGUUGACAACAGCGAGAGCAGCAGAAAUGGCGACUACCAACCCACCCGAUUCGAUUCGCAAGUAGACGCCGUCAACAUCACGUUCCAGACCAUCACACAAGGCAACCCCGAGUCCUCUGUGGGCUUGAUGAGCAUGGGCGGCAAGGGACCAGAGGUGCUGGUGACUCUCACGACCGAGCAGGGCAAGAUCCUCGAGGGCUUGCAUCGGACAAAGAAGAAGAUUGGAGGAUCCUCCCACCUCAAGACAGGCAUUCAGGUGGCUGCUCUUGCUCUGAAGCACCGCCAGAACCGAUCGCAGAAGCAGCGAAUAAUAGUCUUCGUCUGCUCCCCCAUCGAGGAAUCCGAGAAGGAACUCACCACGCUGGCCAAGAAGAUGAAGAAGGCCAACGUUACCAUCGACUUUGUCCUAUUUGGUGAUCUCGACGACGACACCACCCAGAAGAAGCUUCAGCUCUUUAUCGAUACCGUCAAGACCAGUGAAGGCUCCCACCUGGUCGUCAUCCCUCCCAGCGCCAAGCUCCUCAGCGACCAGUUGAUCUCGACCCCCAUCCUCCUGGGUGAGAAUGCUGGCGGAUCCAGCGGCGCUGGAGGUGCGGGUGGCAGCAACGAGGAGUUUGAGUUUGGAUUCGACCCCGCGAUGGAGCCAGAACUCGCUCUCGCUCUGCGCAUGAGUAUGGAGGAAGAGAAGGCUCGACAGGAGAAGGCGGCGCGCGAGGAGGAGGAGGCUGCCAAGAAGGCGUCGCUUGAGGGCGUCAAGGAGGAGGACGAAUCCGGCCAGGGCAGCGGAUCCAACGACAAGAAGGGCCAAGACAAGGGCGAUAAGAAAGGCGACGGAGACAAGAUGGAUACUUCAUAG